CCAAUCCAUGCAGAGCAUUGAAUCCAGUCCAGUCUUGUUAAAUCGGUAGUAUUGGUCUGAUUGGGCCUGGGAUGUUGAUGUUCGGGGGUAAAGCCUUGUGCUACAUCCCGACCUUCCUACAAAAUGCAAUACAUAUAUUUUUUCCUUUUUGAUUCAAAUGGAGGGCUUGAUAGGAAAACUAGGCUUUAAUAAAAGGUCUAGCUUAUAAAAUCUCAACUCGAGACCCUAAGUUUUACCUUGUUAUGACCUGUUGCUAGUAUAACUAUAUAUGAAUAAUUAUGGAGUUGAAAAGUUGCAACUUGCAUAGACGACUAACUUUUCAUUCAAGUUGUGAUUACAAAGAAAAACUUUAGAGAAGGUGGAAUCUUGUGCAUGUGCUCCUCCAGGUCUGUUUCCGGGAAAGUACCUAUAUACAUCAUAAUUAUGCAGCUUAGCUUCUGAAUUGUCUCAGGCGUCAUUUUGGUUAAUUACUAUUUCUGAAACUCAUUCAUUGUACAUUGAAUAAAACAGCAUCACAACUCACAAGCAUGCACAUUCACAUUUUCAAAGUACUUGAAAUAAUUGAACUUCUUAAGUUGGUCUUACUUUUUCAAGGACUUAUUCACCCAGAAGUGAAAGAUCGAUGUUUAGCUCUGCUUGUCUUUAAUACCCCUUAUCUAAAGUUCAUCAGUUCAUGUCUCUUUUGAACUGUGUUAAGCCUUUAUUAAACACGUCUUUCUCAUACUAAUACUUUCCUUGCAUUAUAGCAAAUAUUUUGAAUUGAUUCAUAUCCAAAGGUUUCUUUGACUGUAUUUUUUUAAUCGAUAUAACGGUGUUCACUUGCUUUGGGCUUCUUUUCUUUUAGUAAAAGCCUCAUGCCGACAUUGUUUCAUAAUGGUAGCUGUGAUGCUUUUAGGCCCAUCAAAUUGGAGGAAGAUAGCUCAAUCUGUGCCUGGCCAAAUUGAUGUGAAUUCUAGAGAAAGAUGGAGGAACUGUAUAGACCUGUCUUUAAAUUUCAAUAAGUGGACUGAAGAAGAGGAUUUAAGGUUAAAGAUAGCAUUUCAAGAAUAUGAAAAUUGCUAGGCGAAGAUUGCUAAAUGUCUCGCACCACGAACAAAUAGGCAAUGUCUGAGAUGGAAGGAAUUAUUUCCAGAUAAAGUGCCAUUGCUACAAGCAGCUAGAAGAAUAAAGAAAGCUGCAAUUAUAAGCAAUUUUGUGGACCGCGAGGUGUACCGGCCUGCACUUGGUCCUCAUGAUUUUGUUCCAUUGCCGGUGACGGGAUCACUAUAUGAACCUGAAAACAUGAAACAAUCACGCAAAUGUAAAAGGAAAUCCGGAGAAAGAGCAGCAUCUGGGGAGGAUAAUACUGCUUCUCCUCGCAACACUUCAAAGAGGCGUGGAUCCAAAAGACGUAAUGUAGGAGCGCAAAUUUCUAAUGAAGAAGCCCCAGGGAUAACUAAUGGCACUGAAGCUGGCUACAAAUAUGGGAAGACUAAGAAAGGAACAAAAACUCGUUUAAGAAAGAAUUCGCUUGUUCAACAAGCUCAAGAUGAUUUGACAUUGAAUUUUGUUUCAGUACCUGUGACAGUAACAGAUGACAAUGAUACCGGUAAGAACGGAGAGUCAUGUAAAUCACAGCCAAGAAGAGCUGAGAGUAUCCUAGAAGAAAUUGAUGGUAACAACCAGAGUUGUAGUAUGUUCCACCCUGAAAGCUCGGAACUAAGGAUGAUAGAUUAUGACGGCAUUGGGACUAUUGAUAGCAACAAUUUAGCAUCGAGUCAGAAAAUAUGUUCCAAGUCAGGUGACGAAGAGCAAUUUCUGAUAAUAGGGUUUGCUGAUAUAUUUAUGUCAUCUCUUGAUUGCCCCAAUUCAAAUUUAUUGGAAAUAACCAACGGUCACCAGGAUGAGACAGUCGGUCAGCCUGAUAUUCAAGCCAGGUCACUACAUUAAAGCUGUCAUCUGAAAGUCAGCCUGAUACUUCCAUCCAGGUCAGUACAUUAAAGCUGUCCUCUGAAAGUUCGGAAUUAAGAGUAGUUAAUAUUUAAGUAUGUUGAUAAGUCUCUUUUAGAUGGACUCUCUACAGAGAAUACUAGGAAGGCUCUAAACUGCACAAGUAGAAUAAAUAUUGAUUCAUUAAGGGAUUCGGAAAACGUCGCUUUAGAUUCGAAUGAUGAUGAUAAUGUUACGCUU